AUGAAGUCCGCAUCGGACAUGCGCAAGCCGUACGGGGGCCCCGUCCGCUCCCUCGUCAUCGCGCUCGACGUCGGGACUACGUUCAGUGGCGUGUCCUACGCCAUCCUCGAGCCGGGGCUCAUCCCCAAAAUACACGGUGUCACCAGAUUCCCUGGUCAAGAACAUGUUGCAGGCAAUUCGAAGAUCCCCAGUGUCCUCUGGUACGACCGCCAUGGGAAGAUGGUCGCUGCAGGCGCCGAGGCGGAGACCGCCGCGAUCGUCUCGCAGGCCGAGGACGAGGGCUGGACCAAGGCUGAGCUUUUCAAGCUGCGUCUCCGCCCGCGUACCAUGAAGCUCAGCAUGAACGGAAUGCGCCUGAGCCCACUACCACAAGGAAUGACCGCCGUCGAGGUCUUCGGCGACUUUCUGCGAUACCUCUUCCACUGCACCCGCAACUUCAUCAUUGACACGCACGCAAACGGCGCAUCACUAUGGAGCCAGGUCGAGAAGAACAUCCAGUUCGUCCUUUCACAUCCCAACGGCUGGGAAGGUGCACAGCAGACCAAGAUGCGCCGCGCCGCCGUCUACGGCCGCCUCGUACCCGAUACGAACGAAGGCAAGGCGCGGAUAUGGUUCGUAACCGAAGGCGAAGCGAGCUUGCACGCGUGUGUGCUAAACGGCCUUGCCGCCGAUGUGCUUCAGAACCCAUCCAACCAUGGUUUCAUCGUUGCCGAUGCAGGUGGUGGGACGUUGGACAUCAGCUCGUAUGCCAUACGAGGCACCUCACCGCUUGUCAUGGAGGAGAUCGCGCCGCCGGAUUGUAUAUUUGCUGGCUCCGUGUUUGUUAGCCGUCGUGCAAGGAUGUUCCUUGAAGAGAAACUCAAGAACUCAAAGUAUGGCACCGAAGACGCACUUGAUCAUAUCGCGAAGAAGUUCGACGAGACAACCAAGCGCUUGUUCCGCGAUAAGAGGGAUAUGCAGUUCAUCCCCUUCGGUUCCCCUCUCGACAAGGACCCAAGUGUGGGCAUUCGGGGCGGACAAUUGAAGUUGACUGGUGCCGAAGUCGCCGAUCUCUUCGAGCCAUCCGUGCAAGCUGCCGUUGACGCGAUCAAGGGUCAGAUCGAAGCCUCGCAAGGCAUGAUUAAGUCCGUCUGGCUCGUUGGAGGCUUCGCCGCCAGCCCGUGGCUUUUCACGCAGCUCCUGGAGCGCCUCGCACCGUUCAAGAUCGUCGUCAGCAGGCCGGACACGCAAACCUCGAAGGCGGUUGCUGACGGUGCUAUCGGCUUCUACUGCGACCACCACGUCUCUGCACGCAUGGCGCGCUUCAUGUAUGGCGUCGAGUUCCUGCGUGAGUUCGAUCCGAACGAUAGGGAGCACGUUAAGCGAAAGGGCCGUUUGUGCGAGCUGCCAUCUGGCCCGAAGCUGCUUCCGGAUGCAUUUGACUGUAUCCUGGCUAGGGGCGUCAAAGUCAAGGAGUCGACCGUUUUCACGCGCAAGUACUGCACGGAGUUGACAAGCUUGAGCCUGUUGUCUGUGUUUGAGGUCGAGAUUUGGUGCUAUCGUGGAGGCAAUGAAAUCCCGAAGUGGAUCCUGAGGCAGCAUGAGGACUACUCGACGCUGUGUAUCGUGCGCGCGGACCUGUCCCCUUUGGCCAGCAGCGCGACGCCGAAACAUGGCCCGAGCGGGAAGACUUACUGGAAGAUCGUGUUCUCUGUCGAGAUCCACUUCGGCCUGACUGAGUUCAAGGCCCGUAUCAAGUGGACAGGGAGUGAUGGGCAGGUGAAGUAG